UCAAAGUCUGCACUCAGGCUAACAGAGUCAGUGAGAACUAAGCUUUGGGAUGUCCCUCACUGUCUGAGCUCUUCCUUCUUUUGAAACCUGACUGAAGACUGCUCGGACUGUAGCCAGCUGACGAACAUGUUGCUUCGGACUGCGGCCCUGUUCCUCCUCUGUGUGUCUACAGGAAUGUGUGCCACCUUGGGGUACUUCCAGACUGAAGCCUUGGAGGAUGGGGAAGUUGCUGCUGUUGUUGCUCAAGAUGUGCCUCUAGAUUAUGCUUUUGAUGACAAAAUAUUUGGAGCAGAUAACUCAGGAGUAGACCUACCUGAAGUCCAAGACAAAGAGCCAGAAACGGACAAGGAUAAGCCGGAUGGAGACUCUGCCACUAUGGAAGGGUUUGCAAAGAAAGCAGUUACUCAGGACCAACCUCCACCUGAAGAGGAGGUCAAUGAGAUCAGGCCAGUCCAGACAAAUAAGGCCUCCAAUAAACCACUGGCACAAGAAGAAGCAAGCAGUUGGAGCCUCAACUCCAUCAGGGACAGUUUCCAGACGGUGCACGGAUACUUCGACUCCCUGGUGGAGCUGGUCGGGGGACACAACGGUGUCUGUCAGUACCGCUGCCGAUAUGGAGCACUCCCACUUCCUCGGCCCGGCUACAAGCAUCAAGAACCCAACGGCUGCAGCUCGUCUCUCGUGGGCUUCCAGGUGAAUGCUGCUCUUGACGUGGGAAUCCCUGCUAUGACAAGGUGCUGCAACCAGCUGGAUGUGUGCUACGACACUUGCGCUGUGAACAAGUACGACUGUGAUGCCAAGUUUCGCUCGUGCCUCCAUGACAUCUGCUCUGACCUGAAGAAGAGUCUGGGAUUUGUGUCCAAAGUGCAAGCUUGUGAAUCAAUGGCAGAUGCCCUCUACAACACAGUGUGGACUCUGGGCUGCAGACCUUACAUGAACAGCCAGAGGGCAUCGUGUAUUUGCGAGGGAGAAGAGAGAGAUGAACUGUAACACAGAACACUGUGGCCCACUCCUCUGUAUAUUUCAAAGAUAACAGAGUCAUGGACAUUUCCACAUAUUACAACAAGAGAAGACACUUCUCAAGAGAGUCCUCUUAAAGAAAUAGUUCAGAAUAUAUGAAGUGGAGUUCAAGGCUAUGAGCAGUUAAUAGCUUUAGGUGUCUUCAUUUUGCAUAAAUUCAGAUUAGAUGAAGCUAACAGCUAGCCUGAAAACGGCAAAGACCAAAACAGAAAAAUUUAUCUCAUAAAACAAUUUCAGUCUCCAAAGCUAUUGCUAUUUGGUGAAACUCUUAAUAGUUCCCGUUUUUGAAAGGUUUCAUAAAUCCUCAGAGCUAUGGAAUGAUAACGGCUAGCUAGCUAUGGGGCUAUUAUUUUAGCUGAACAAUUUAAACUAAAAAUGCUUCUAUCAGUGAGAUAUAAAGCUGUCCAGACUUUCACAGGCAGCAAGGAGAGUUAAGCAGGCAAGAUAUUAACUGCUUAUAACAGAAACAUGGAAAAAUCUGAACUAUCCCUUUAAGAUUCAGAAAUGAGGAAAUUAAAAAGAUGUAAAUGGGGAAUUCAGUGAUUCAGAAGAUUUAUUAAUACAGGGUCCAAACAGAUAUUGUGAGUCUGAAGAUGGCCUUUAGCGUCUGAAUUAAUUGCUUAUGCAUAUUUACCUCCUCAUUGUAGGUCAAAUUUGGUCUUCUAUGACUCCAUUACCAUAAAUUACUUGAUGACUCCAAACAAAACACCUGAUAUGAAGAUGAGAAGAAUAUUUUGGUCGGAUUAAUUUUCUCUUGAUUGAAAUUUCAAGAUAAUAACUGGAGUGCAAGCGGCAGUGUGUGUGCUGCCGUCUAAAAUUUCUCACACAUCUUCAAUAACAAGUCGAAUGCCUACUACACCACAUAGUUUAAGUUAUUUUUUACUUUCUAUCUAAUUUGAAGUUAAAUGACAACAUUAGCUAUAGGUUAGCUUCCAGAGUAAUGAACCAUGUGCAUAAUAUCUGACAUGCUCCCAGCGCUUUGAUUAAGCUCAGCAAUGAGUCAAAAUGCAUCAGUGGAAGGGCCGUGUGUUGUUUUCCAAGUUAAUGAUGGUAUGAAAUUUAAACUAGUCUGAGUCUCGAAGCUGCAAUCAAUCCAGAGAAAAUGUCCUUACAAUGGCAUCCUGAUAAACAUCUGCUGUGCUGUGGGCCCAGCCAUCAGGUUUGUAAUCUGAAUGUCAAUCAUUAUAAUGUCAGUAAUGCAGCUGUGAGACGCUGAAGCUCGGAAGAAUAUGUGUAUUCUGUGUGUAUGUCUAUUUAUGUGUGUAGGACUAUAAAGGGACAGUGCAAUGGACUGUAUGUCUGCAUCUAUUUGGUGCUUUAACUACCAAAUAAACUGAAAGGGUCACCUCA